AUGGAUAUUUUGGAAUCAGUGUCGGGCAUACACAUCAUAUAUCAAAUAGCCUGUUUAUCGCCCAGCCUAAUAGAUCGUAAAAUAUGGACUCUGAAGAAAUCUAGGUUAUUGGAAAUCUAUAUUUUAAUUGUGAUUUUGGGUUCGGUGGCAUUUAUGCUGUAUGGCCUGUUUACGGAUGAUGAUUUCAUCAAGACAAAUGACAAUGAUGUGGGACAAACGGUGGAUUUUAUCCAAAUGGUGGGUAUACGUGUGGCUCAUAUUGUCUCCAUAUCGGAGGGUUUGGUUAGGCGUAAGGAGCAGAAACGUUUUUAUCAGGAAGUAAAGGAAAUUGAUCGUAUAUUUGAGCGUUCUCUCAAUGUGGAUGUGAAUAAUAAGAAAUUCCGCCGUACCACCCUACAACGCGGCUGCCUAAUGGCUUUUGUCUACUUGGCUGCCGAAUUCUUUAUUUUGGCCUCAAAAUUAGUGGCAGAAGAACAAAAUUUCAUACUCUUUUGGAUCUUCUAUCUAAUGCCUUUGCUAAUAUGCGGCACACGAUACUUUCAAAUGUUCACCAGCAUGCGCAUACUCAAGCAUAGAUUUGAUCUGUUGGUGAAUGUUAUAAAUCAAACAAAUCUAAGAAAACAUAAAUGCGAGCUUAAAGAUGUUGAGUUAAUGGACACAAUGAAUGCAGGAGUACCGCUAAAUCUGUCCUCUACCUUGGCCUUGCUGGAAUCUUCCAUGUUAAAGAAAAGACGUUGUGACAUGGAAAAUCCCGAAUUGAAGAAACUUUUAAUUGUACGUGAAGUCUACAAUCGUUUGUUUAAUUUAAGCGAGAUCUUGAACAGUUAUUUUGGCGUAUCCAUGUUGAUUAAUGUGGGCAAUGAUUUCAUAUCGAUUACUUCGAAUUGUUAUUGGAUUUUUUAUAAUUUUCAAGAUUUCCAUUCGACUAGAAAUGAUUUCCUGCUCAUAGCAGGCAGUGCUGUGUGGAGUAUACCUCAUUUGGUGAAUGUUUUGGUGCUGGCCAUACUGUGUGAGAGGACAGUGCAAACUACUAAUAAUAUUGCUUUGGGUUUGCAUCGCAUUGAUAUCGAUAUAUUGAAUGAUAAUCACAACUCGGUGAUUGAACAAUUCUCUUUGCAAUUGCUGCAUCAAAAAAUGUCUAUUACGGCUGCUGGAUUUUUCAGUAUCGACUGCACGCUCCUGUACACGAUUGUGGGAGCAACUACUACCUGGCUGUCUGCGGUGGUAUUCCUAAUGUUUUAUUGGCGCAUGAAUGGUGGCGAUACCUCGGUGGGUGGCCUAGUAGGCACUGCCUCGUUUUUGCUUAAUGGCUCGGUAAAUAUCAUCAUUAUAUUGGAGACGAUUUUCAAACACAAAUAUUACAAAAAGAUGUGCAAACUUCAACAUGAGGUAGACUUUUUAUUAGACCAGCACUUAAGUAACAAUGUCCAGGAACACAUGAAAUACAAAUGUCCAAAAAUGGCCAAAUGCUUGGCAAUAAUUCUACUCUGCCAACUAAUAUGCGAUGGCUUGAAAAUGUGGAUAAAUUGCAUUUCGAAAAUCAGUCCUGUAUUUUGGUAUCUAUUGCCCAUAACCGCCAAUCUACGUAUACGUUAUGUACAAAUUAUUUACACUAUAAUGACGUUAAAUCAUAGAAUUCAAAUACUAAGAGAUGCCAUAAAAACUACAGCUAAAGCUAAUGAACCGAAAUCGAAAUUUAACAGCGAUAUAUGGCGGCCUUACGAUCCCAAGGAAUAUGAGAAAGUCAAUUAUAUGCGUUUGAUUUAUUUACGCAUGUGGGAGAUCUAUAUGAGUUUUAAUAAUCUGUACAGUUGGUCUUUGUUGACGCUGUUUAUGUCAUCGUUUUUCGAUAUUGUCUGCAAUUGUUAUUGGACGUUUACGGCCAUUUAUAAAAGACAAGUGUUCCAUAAAUAUGUAAUGAAUGGAGCUACAUCGUUCUCGUUGGCCAGUUUGGUGUAUGUGCUAUUCUACUUUACGGAUGCCAGUGAACAUAAUACAUACAUUGCCGUCAUUGCUUUCGAUGUCCUUGCCAUGGUGUUGGGCUUCCUGGACACUUUACUGUCCAGAAUGACACCCAGAUACUUUGUGAUGUCCGAGAGUGGUAGUUCAACACCGUUCAACCAGGGCUGCGAGAAGCUAGGAAUCUUUUGUUUCUUUGUCAAAAGUACAAGUGCAGCUUUGAAAAUAUUCAAGACAGCCAUACUUUUGAUGUAUUUGGGCUACUGGACAUUUGGUUUGGCACCAUUCACCAAAAACUAUCGCAUCUUUCAAGCAUUUAUAGUACUGUGGUAUUGUGAAAUUGCCUGGGCCACUUAUCUAGCCAUUAUCUAUGAUGUAUUCGGAGAUGAGCACAGUCUCAAUGGCUUAGUAAGCGUUAUAUUGUAUUUUACCCAUAUGGUGGGCCAUUUAACAGUGCUCGCGGAAUCUAGUAAUAUGCGGCAACAACGCUCAGCAUUAUUUGAACAGUUUAGCAAGAUAAAAACUGCUUUGCAAGUGGAGUUGAAAAACCCUUACCAUGCAGACAUAGCCGUUCUGAGAUUAAGCAGCAGUAUUUUAGGAGUUUUAUUGCUGUUAAGCUGCGGUCAUGGCAUUAUAAUGUGGACUACUUUUGAGACCAAAUCGGCGGCCAGCCUUUUAUACUGGCGUUCCCUGCUAAGCUAUUUGGCCUUGCAAUUUAAAACUUUGGAAUUUUUAACACCUGUAGUACAAUUGAGUUAUUAUACUAAAGUGAUGCGCAAAGCGCUCAAUAACAUGGGUGAACGUAAUCUGAGAAGAGUUUUCAAUUCUCUAAAUAAGUUUGACAGGUCGGAGGUGAUAAUUGUAGCAUCAGUCCAUGAGGAGGAAGAUGAUGAAAAACUGCUGGUGGUGCUUAAGAAUUGCUACAAUGAAAUAUAUGCCACCAUACGUUUAUAUAAUGAGGCCUAUGGUUGGUCUUUGUUGGCAUCUACGGCAGUGUAUUUUGCGGAUUUCGUUUGCAAUUGCUAUUGGAUUUUAUUGGCCGUUUUGAGUCAGGGUAGAGACUAUUAUGGUCUCUUGCAGAAUGCCGCAUUUGCUUUGUUGGCCUUUGUAUUACUCUCCCUAUUAUGUUGGUUCGCCGAAGAGUGUUAUUAUGAGAGUCGUUAUAUUGGUUGUUUAAUCUCGAAAUUGGUUAAACCUUUGGGCAAUAAAUACUACAAUGAUUUGGUUAGUGAAUUUUCCGUACAGACACUACAUCAACGUUUCAUUAUAACGGCCAAGGAGUUCUUUAGCUUAAAUCUAAGUCUACUGGGAAGUAUGGUUGCUGCCAUUGUCACUUAUUUAGUGAUUCUCAUACAAUUUAUGUUCACCGAGAAAAGUAAUAAUGAAAAUCGACUGACCACCAAGGCAACUGUACUGACAUCAACUACUCCAGCUGCUUUUGAAAUUAUAGCAAACAUGGAAACUUCUAAGUAUUCAUCAAUUUUGAAAGGUUUAAUUGAAAAUGUUACUACCAAAAACAACAAUACAGUGAAUAAUUAA